GCACAGAGAUGAGGGGAGACAGAUAGCGGAGUGCGGAGGGAGUGAAAAGCGAGAGGUGCAAGGGAGCUAACAAGCUAACUAGCUAUAGACAGUGAAGGGGGCAUAUUAGGAUGUGACAGUGGAGAAUGGAGAGGACUCCGUACGCUCGGCGAGUUUUGUCCACAGAAAGGGUACUCAAACUCGGUCUCUACCGACCAGGGGGCGUGUGCUGAAACGGGAGAAACACCGGGUGGAAAGUAAGGAAUGGCUGAUCCUCUGCGGAGGACUUUACUAGCAAAACUUCGGGGGAAGAAAUCCAAGAAUGGGACACCGGUUGGUGGAUACGGAGCUGCAGCUAAUGGGGGCAGAGAAGCUCUGAUAGAAAAUGACCACUCCUCCUUCUCCAACGCCCUUGAUGUGGGCGGGGGCAAGGCUGUCGAGACGUCGCUAUGGAGACCCCCGCUCAACACCAUCACCGUCUCCAAGAAACGUAACUGGCUCCAGCAGAGCUCUGGGAGGCCGUGUCACGCCACGGACGAACCCCAGUACCUUCUGGGAGCAGAGGAAUACAAUGGACACGGAAAAGCUCCACUCCCCCCUCUUAGCCCCUCCCCAGAGAAUCUAAACCCUCCCGGGCCAACCCUAUCCCACCCAUUCCACCUACACCUGCCCCUCGUUAGAAUGGGCCACGCCUGUGUGGCGCCUCGUUCCAGGUGUGUGGAACCGACUGAGGAGAAUGAUGCGGACGAUGAGGGGGAGAUCUGGUACAACCCCAUCCCUGAGGAUGAGGAACCAGAGCUGCAUCACAGCCACAGACCCACUCCCACCCCCCAGGUCAGGCUGAUGGUUCAGACACGGCCCCAGGAUCCUCACGUCCCCCAGACCCAGAGGUGGCCCAGCAGGGGAGAGGAGGUUGGGGUCCUGCGGGCCCCGGAGGGAUGCAGCCCUAACCUGGAGGGUGUGGGGGAGAGCAUGGGUGGCGGAGGUGGAGAGCGUAGUCAGCAGGGGAUUGCCAUGCGGUGCAUGGGGCCGUCUCUACAUCUGCAAAGACAGAUGCUGCUCGCGUGCAAACCUCAGGAGUGGCCAACCAUUUCCAGCAGAGCCACAGCUACAGGUUGUUUCCCUGCAGCAGAAGCCCCUGACCUGGCCAUCCCUGACUUCCCGCCACCCUCAGGCCUCAACCCUGCCAAAAAGGGAAGCUCCCUCAACUGGUCAUUCCCGGACAGGAUCAAGUCUCCACGCACUGUCAGGAAACUCUCCAUGAAGAUGAAGAAGCUUCCAGAACUCAGCCGCAAGCUCAGCGUAAAAGGGACCCCUAGCAACAACAACAACAGCAGCUGCAACGGAGCCAGCGAGAGCAGCAUCUUAAAGACAAGGACCCAGUGUCCCCAAAACAAUUACGGGUCAGAACCAGGCCCAGCUCCUCCCAGGUUGUCCCCAAGGGGUGGGCAGGGGGCGGUGGCUAGCCAUAAUGUGAUCUCGAGGUAUCACCUGGACAGCAGUGUGUCGACGCAACAAAGCUACAGCAAGAAGAAGAAGAGCAGCGGGACCUCCAAGUCGGCUAGCAAGGGGGGCUACCUCAGUGACGGGGACUCCCCAGAACUGGUGACCAAGUCUGGGAAGCACGGGUCCUCAGAGGCCAAGGGAGGCAAUGGGAAGGAGAAAGACCCAGCCACUGGAGGAGGAGAGAGAACAGGAGCAGGAGGAGUAACAGGAGGAGGUGGCAACCCCAGGCUGCACGGCACAGAACUAGACAUUGACGCGUUCCGCCACUACGCCUUCACAGAACAGCCCAAGUGCACCCAAUACAUCUCGGGCCUGAUGAGCCUGCACUUCUACGGCGCCGAGGACCUCAAGCCACCACGCUUCGACUCCCGAGACGUCUACUGUGCCAUCCAGGUGGACUCGGUCAACAAGGCGCGCACUGCCCUGCUCACCUGUCGGACCACCUUCCUAGACAUGGACCACACCUUCAACAUUGAACUGGAGAACGCCCAGCACCUGAAACUAGUGGUGUUCAGCUGGGACCCCACACCCAAGAAGAACCGGGUGUGCUGUUACGGCACAGUGGUGUUACCGGCACUCUUCAGGGUGACCGGAAGUCAUCAGCUGGCGGUGAAGCUGGAGCCUCGAGGCCUGAUCUACGUGAAGCUGAACCUGAUGGAGCACUGGCAGAACUCCCUGGAUGGAGGCUACAAUGGGGACCGGGAGCCACAGAUGUUUGGGGUGGAGGCCUGGAGGGUGGUUGUGAGGGAAAACACAGGACUCAUGCUGCCCCUGCUCAUCGAGAAGUGCAUCACGGAGAUCGAGACGAGAGGCUGCCAGGUUGUGGGCCUCUACCGUCUGUGUGGCUCAACAGCAGUAAAGAAGGAGCUGCGGGAGGCCUUUGAGAGGGACAGCCUAGGAGUGGAGCUCUGUGAGAACACCUACCCUGACAUCAACGUCAUCACGGGUGUUCUGAAGGACUACCUGCGUGAGUUGCCCUACCCCCUUAUCACCAAGCACUUGUAUGAGACUGUGUUGGACUCUAUGGCUCAGAGACCUCUGCGUAUCGGAGCAGGAGGAUGUGAAAAUGACCCGGCAGACACAGAACACACCGUCAGUCUCCUGGAGAACCUGCCAGAGGUGGAGAGGUUCACCCUGCGGAGGCUGCUGGACCAUCUGAAGCUGGUGGCGUCACACCAUGAGGUCAACAAGAUGACGUGUCAGAACCUGGCGGUAUGCUUCGGCCCCGUGCUGCUCAGCCAACGCCAGGAGGCCAGCUGUCAUAGCAACCGGGUCUUCAUCGACUCGGAGGAGCUGGCCAGCGCCCUACACUUCAAGAAACAUAUCGAAGUGCUACACUACCUGCUGCAGUUAUGGCCAGUGAUGGACCCACGUGACAAGACCUCGUCCCCCAUCCCAGGGCCCCCCGGCCCAGCAGACCAGCUGGCCGUUCCCUCCCUGCGUCGGAGGAAGGAUCGCCCCCAGGUGCUGACCUUGAGCGAUGCAGAGAUGGCCGGGGUGCUGCGGCCCAGGCCGGGCCGUCUGGACAGCCCUAGCAACCGUUACGCCGGGGACUGGAGCCGCUGUGGACAGAGCUACUUCCCCCCUCCUCGGUCCCGGGAGGAAAAUGACUAUGCUGAUGUUCCUUCUGAGGAUAUGGAGGUCACUGAAGAGGAACUAGAGGGGGUAGAGGACAAGGGACAGGAAGGAGGAGAGGAGCAGGGACAGGAAUGGUUACUGGACAGGGGACAGGCAGAGCCAGCCACAGCCGAACAGGAGCCCCCGUUACCCGAGGAGGUGAUGGAAGGACCUGUAGAAGUGGAGAAAGAGGAGAGUGAAGCAGAGGAGAGGGAAGCAGAGAGGAGAGUUGAGGAGCGUGAUGGCUCCAGUGGUGGUCAGCCGUCAGACAACAGGGUGUGUGAUGAUGAUGAUGAUGAUGAUGAGCGCAUCCUGCCCCUCCACCUCCCCAAAGAGCACACGUACCAGGCCUACAUGAAGAUCCAGGACAUCAGCCCCGUGCUCAGCAACAAGGUCAACCUGCGAGACCUGCAGGAGAGCAUCGACACGCUUAUAGGCAACCUGGAGAGAGAACUCAACAAGAACAAGCUCAACGUCGGCUACUGACUCAAACGCGUGCCCCCAAUGGGG